UUGGUUAACAUAACUUCUUGGUUUUUUCGGCCAAUGGCUGAUCUCUAUUAUUAAUUUGACGUUUAGAUUAGGCUUACAAAGGAAACAGCCUUGAAAUUGCACUUGCUGUUCGAUUUUCACGAGACUUGCGUUACAAAAAAUUGCAAUAAAAAUGGCCGACAAAGCUAUUGCCACGGCCUCCAAGCCCCAGAUGCGUGGUCUCCUCAACGGGCUCAUCAAGAGGAACCUGAUUGUCUCGCUGGCCCUCGCCGGCCUCGGAGGCAUCGCCUUCCAGGUUGGAGUGUGCAGCCUUCGCAAGAAGCAGUACGCCGAGUUCUACAGGACCUACGAUGCUGAGAAGGAAUUUGAAGAAAUGAGGGCCAAGGGCUUAUUCCAGUCUUGCUAGAUGUGUUACUGUGGUAUUGUAGUAUAUUUUGUUUCUGUAAUAUUAUGUAAAUUAAAAUCAUAAAAGUUA